CUCAACUAGCUAGCUGACGUUACGUAAUGGCGCUAUAACGGAAGGGUCGUGUCCCACAGAAAUAAAAGUGCAAACUAGUUUUACUAAAAGAAUGUGAAUCACUCUCCCACCACUGUACAACCAGUUCACUGUGGUUAUCUCUGGUGAACCGAGCAGCCUGGAGCCGUUAGGGUACUUUACUGAAGCCUACAAUCUAUUUGUGUAAUCUAUUACAGUAUCAUCAUUAUAAGACCUGUAAUGACAGUGGUUGCACUGGACAGAGACCUGGAUUUAUUUGCAGCAAUUAGUUAAAAGCACUGUUAUUCAUAUGCAUAAUACUCAAAACAAUAUGUUCAUUAAAGCUCUAACAUGAUUUAAAUAAUCUGAACAAAAAGCUAUCUUUUGAUUAUCCAUAAAGAAAAACAUAUUUAAGUGUUAUUUGCAUUGUCUGUAGAUUGAGAAAAUAGAGCUUAUGGAUGAGAGAAUCAGGAAUAUGUCAAUCAUGGGCACACAAGUUUAAGUAAUCCUGUUUAAUAUAAUAAGUAAGUAGUUCCUCAGGUAGGUUGUUCCAAAGUUCAACAUUUAUCUUCCUCAGGACAGAGAUCUAUAGAGUAGGUCUGUCCCUCUCAGUGUAGAGAGCAUAGCAUCAUAAACUGGGGCCAAGCCGUCAGUAAGUGUGUGUGAAGUAGCUUCUCUGAAAGCAACUGAAGAGCUGUGUUAAUCCAUUUUACUACAGAGUGGUUAGAGCGAUGCAGUACUGCAGCACUCGGGGUGGGGUCCGUGGAUGGGACUUCCGGGAUGUCCUGUUUUCAGGUUAUGCUCCAGACGGGGGGAUGUUCAUGCCGGAGGGCGUGCCCGUGCUCAGCCCAGACACCCUAAGGGGCUGGAGGGGGCUGCCCUACACCAAACUGGUGGUGGAGGUUGCCUCACUGUUCAUCCCCAUCCAGCUGAUCCCCAGAGAGGACCUGGAGGGUACAUCAGGAGACACAGGAGGAUCGGCCAUCCAGAGUGCAAAAGGUCUCAGUGGGUUGGAUGUGCUGGUGGUUUACCCCCGCGGACGCAUCACUCCAGUUCAAGAGAAACACAUGAUCACCUGCCUGGAGGACAACAUCCACGUGUUUGCAGCGGACGGCAGCUCAGAUGACAUAGACCAGCCCCUGCGCCGUCUCUUUGCUGACCAGGUGCUGGUCAAGUCUCACGGCCUUAUGAGUCUCAACUCGGUCAACUGGUCUAGAGUCAUGAUCCAGCUCGCCCACUUCAUCUACGCCUACCUGGAGCUCAGUGGUAUAGAGCAGGCUGGUGGAGACCUGCCUGAGCUGGAGGUGGUGGUGCCCACUGGAGGGGGGGGGAACAUCGCAGCCGGCUACAUUGUAAAGCAGAUGGGGUUGCCCCUGAAGCUGGUUGCCAUGGUGAAUUCUAAUGACAUAGUGCACAGAACGGUAACCACUGGCGACUUCUCCAUGGCAGCUGAUGUCACACAGACUUUGGCCCCUGCCAUAGACAUCCAGGACCCUUACAACAUGGAGCGAGUGUUCUGGCUGCUGCUGGGCAGAGACGGAGCCUCAGUGAAGAACAUGAUGGAGGAGUUUCAACAAACACGUAGACACUCUCUCCCUGAAAGCCACCGCAAACUGUUGUCACAGGUUUUAUCAACUGGAACAGUGAGUGAUGAAGGGAUCCUGGAGACCAUGAGGAGAUGCUGGGAGGAAAACCAGUAUGUGCUAUGUCCACACACAGCUGUGGCUGUAUGGCAUCACUACCACUGUCCUCACAGCCCCACGGUCAGCAGGUGUUACGUUGCAACAGCAUCUCCAGCCAAGUUUCAAGCAGCAGUGCAGAGAGCUGGCCUGACCUUUGACCUUCCUGAGGCGGUGCUGGCAUUGGACAAGUUGGCCAGCCGUUACCAGAACCUGGAGCGGAGCCUGAACUGGUGCAAAGACUGGGAGGACAGACUGAGAGAGAAAAUCCAGUCUGUGAGUUCAGUCAGGGAUAACAGAGGGACUUACUACGUCUGAGUAUGAAAGAUGUUAUUGUUCUGUAAAAUAUUCAGAGAUCCUGAUUAGACAUUAAAGUACGGGCGAGGUCAGGUGACUGUAGCAGACUGUCCUUGAUCUGUGCACUUCCUUAUCUGAAUGUAGUAAAUUAAAUUGAUGGGAAAGGCCUCCUGUUGCCUCUUUGACGGACUUUGGUCUGUAGUGUCAUAUGACUUGUCUUUGUAUUUGUACAGUGAUGUCAUAUACCAUAAACCAAUCAGCUGUCUUCCUUCCACAACUUUAACACAAAUGUGAAUUAAAUCAAGUAAUUUUCUAUGAGUGUAACUGUCUCAAAAACAAUAAAAAGUUUAAAAUGAGUUUAA